AUGUUCCCCCUUGCCAGCUUCGUUCUCGGCCUUAGUGUUGUCGGCCUAGCCGUCGCCCAUCCCAAAUCUCAUAACAGUACGGAAGCCAAACGUGGAGCUGUUGCUUCUGAGGCGGCUGUGUGCUCUCAAAUUGGGAUUGACAUACUUAAGGCAGGUGGAAAUGCUGCGGACUCUCUCGUAGCAACCCAGCUAUGCGUGGGAGUGGUUGCAAUGUAUCAUUCGGGAAUCGGAGGAGGGGGUUUCAUGACCGUCCGCUCUAGCAAUGGGUCUUACGAGUUUAUCGAUUUCAGAGAAAGAGCACCGGCUGCCAGUUUUGAACUGAUGUAUUCUCCACCUCUCUCUAACGUGAACCUCUCACUUUACGGUGGAUUGGCGUCCGGGGUACCCGGUGAACUGAGAGGUCUCGAGUAUCUACACAAGAAGUAUGGCUGCUUGCCCUGGAAAAAGCUGGUUAUGCCUUCCGUAAAAUUGGCGAGGUACGGCUUUCGAGUAACAGAGGAUUUGGUAAGGUAUAUGGGUGGGGCUUCCUUUCUCAGUCAAGACUCGACUUGGGCGAUUGACUUUGCUCCCAAUGGGACUUUGGUACGAUUGAACGACACCAUGACAAGAAAGCGUUAUGCAAAUACGCUUGAGGAAAUCGCCGAGCAUGGCCCCGAUGCCUUUUAUACUGGUGCAAUUGCGAAUGCCACAAUUGUCGCACUUCAAAAAUCCAAUGGCACGAUGACACUGGCCGAUCUUGCAAACUACACCAUUGAGCUCAGACCGACCUCAAAUAUCACAUACAGGGGCUACAAACUUCACACUGGAAGUGCACCGUCCAGCGGGGCCGUUGUGCUGAGUGCUCUCAAAAUCGUUGAAGGAUAUGACAUGUCAACACCAUCUGCGCUUAACCUUUCCACACACUAUCUUGAUGAAGCCAUGCGAUUCGCCUAUGGUCAGCGAACUCUUCUUGGAGAUGCUACUUUCCUCCCAAAUCUAACGAAGUAUCAACGAGAUAUGUACUCGGAAAAGACCGCUGCCGAAAUCCGAGCACUGAUACAACCAGGUGCUACGCUAAAUACUACAGUGUAUAACCCAUCCAACUACGACAUCUUAACUGAUGACGGGACAUCAGCAACAGUGUCAGCAGAUAAGAGCGGACUAACCAUCGCAUGCACAAGUACGAUCAAUACUAUAUUCGGAAGCCGUCUCAUGAUUCCAGAGCUUGGUGUGAUCAUGAACAACGAGAUGAACGAUUUCAGUGUACCCAACACUACCAACGCUUUCGGAUAUAUCCCUACUGAAGCCAAUUACAUCAAGCCGUUCAAGAGACCACUCUCAUCUAUCUCGCCAACUAUUGUUGAGUAUCCUAAUGGAACGGUUUUCAUCUCCCAUGCAUCCGCCGGAGGUUCUCGGAUCAUCACCGAAAUCAUUCAACAUCUAUGGCAUGUUAUAGAUCAGAAGAUGACGUCCGCGCAAGCUCUUCGUCAACCUCGCUUUCACGACCAGUUAUCGCCAAAUACAGUCUCUUUCGAGUAUGCCGGGGAUGCAUUUGGAGUUCCCGGAUAUAGUAACGAGACAACUGCAUACUUUAAGGAGAUUGGUGCUAAUGUUGCGUUUGUUGCCGUCGGCUCAACAACAGCUCAAGCUAUUCGUGUUCUGGAGAAUGGAACAUUUGAGGCUGCUGGAGAACCACGGCAACUUAAUUCUGCGGGUUAUGCAUUUUAG